AUGCAAGAUGGCUGCGUCCAUCAAAAAGUCCACACUGAAAGAAAAUCUGAAAAUAAACACUUUUAACAUCGACAAUGAAGAAAAAAUAAAAUGGAUAUCAGGUCUCAGUUAUAUGAAACAUUCCAUUGGUGUUACCAUCACACACCUGGAGACAUUUCCAUCAAACAUCAUAGAAAUUUGUGAGGAUGAGUUAUCUUAUAUUGUUUACAAUCUCCCAGUGCAUGAACUUAUCAAUCCUGAUCUUCUUGGAGCUUUCCAGCAGAAAGGGUCUCUGUGUAUGCUGUCUUUUGGCACCAGACUAGAGGUUAAUGACUGUGUGGCAUUUUUACCUACAGGGCAUUUAAUUCUUCACCUCAGAAAAGAUUUAUACACAAGACUAGGUCUAGAAGGAAAGCCAUCUCAAUAUAACAAAUAUGGAGGAGAAAAAUAUGUGGUAGAAAUUGAUGUUGGAUCAACAGUUUUUACACCAGGAAAGAAAAAUUAUGAAAAGGUCCGGCAAUGUCUGUUGCGUGUCAAUAUGCAGUGUGAUUUCUUGGUGACAUGGACACCACAAGAUGAAAAUUUGUGUGCCAGUUCCAUUCACAAGUAUUUCAGGAUAAAAGAUUUUAAUUGUGUCCAUUUGCCUGUUUCAUCAAAAACUCACAAAUACACAGAUGUUGAUAUACCUGAUCUGCAGCAUCAGGAUGUAGAUAAUCAUACUCAAGAAGAGCUAUAUGAUUGGCUUGGAGGUGUAGCCAAUCAAAUUUCACUGCCCAGUGAAUCUGAUGAGGCAUACAACCCUCUGUCUGACUACUCUGGUCCUACCAGGCUAGGUCACUGCUCUCAUUUUCAAAUCUCUGGACUCUUCUCCAGUGCCACUGUCCAAAAUUUGAUCCAGGAAAUUAGAAAGAUGUGUAAAUCCUGCAAUACAUGGGCCUGUCUGACAAUUCAUGGAUUUACUGACUCACCAACUUCCUUAGGAAGAUCAGAGAAAAAUCCCCACAAGUUGUGUGCUGACAGUGCUACUCUAGUGAUUCUACCCAGUGACAGAUGCUGGUUGUUUACAGAUACCUGAAUUGAACUUUGUUGAAAUUGAAUCUGUUGAUCAAAAGUGUGCCAGUUCCCUAGUACCUAGAUGAGGCACUCAGUGCAGCUGUAAAAUGUACAUCAGGGUUAUAUCAGUAUCAUCUGAUUAUGAACUAAGCCUGUAUUAUGUUCCAUCUGUACUGCAUUAAAGAAUUCACACGAAGUU